AUGGCUGGGACAGUGGUUAUUACAGGUGCCAACGGCUCUCUAGGACUAGGCUUCGUUGAGGCUCUUCUAUCGCGGUAUCCUGAGCAUACGCUCAUUGCUACUGUUCGGAAUGCCUCACCAGAGAAGGAUCCAAACACUGCAGAGCUUGUGAGGAUUAUCUCCAAGUACCCAAAUUCUAAGGUCAACGUGGAAGUUCUCGACCUCGGUCAGCUUGCUAGUGUGCGCACCUUCGUGCAGAAACUAUCUGGCCUGGUUCAUUCGAAGAAAACACCGCGCAUCUCAGCGAUAGUUUGCAAUGCUGCUACAUUAUCGCUAGAAGCAGGGCAGAAAUUCACGUCUGAUGGAUACGAAGCAACCUUCCAAGUCUGUCACUUAUCGCACUAUCUCUUGAUCUUGAUGCUGCUUGAAAGCAUGGACCCGGCAUCAGGGCGUAUCGUGAUGCUGGGCUCAAUUACCCAUUAUCCCGAUAAGCCAAACCCAGUAUCUUCACUUGGUCCGCGUUUCCCAGAGAAUCUGGGAGAGCUUGUUAAGCCGAUACCUGAUCCACCAUUGCUCGUCCACGAUAGAGGUUUCCAAAGAUAUAGAACCGCAAAGCUCGCAAAUGUGACCUUUGCUCUCGAUCUCAACGAAAGGCUGAAGAGAGAUCCCAGACUUUCGAAUGUGACUGUGACAGCCAUGGAUCCUGGUGGACUUCCGGCCUCGAGAUCUCAAGCAGAACAGAAGAAAUCCACGAAACGUAUCAUGGCAACCAUCAAUUUUUUCAUGCCGGUUCUCAAGCAUGUCACCACGGCGUUCCGAACAACCGAGGACGCUGGCCGGGAACUUGCUGCGGUUAGCGCUGAUCCCAGCUUCCAUGGCAAGAGGGGCUAUUUUGUCGGUCAGAAAGAAGACGCUCCAGCGGCAGUUAGCAACGAUGUCGACAUGCAGGAAAGGCUUUGGGCGGCGUGCUGGAGAUGGUCUGGGAUGAAGCCGGAGGAAACGGCACUACAAGAUUAUUCUCGUGGGCUGCCAUGA